AUGAGUAGAUCUCUUUACCCUAAAGAAUUCUAUGUUUCUACUAGCGAUGGUGUCAGUUUAUUCUGUCGUAGCUUUGGAACAAUAGAGAAUGAAAAUUCAAAUUCAUUAUUGUUUGUAAUGGUACAUCCUUACAGUUUUAUGGGUGGAUCAAGUGCUAAUAUGGCUGGUUUAGCAUAUAGACUUGCUGAAGAUGGUUAUGGCAGUAUAAUUUUCGAUCAAAGGGGUGUUGGGAAGUCUACUGGAAGUAAGUCUAUUUUUGGAAAUAGUGAGAUUUUAGAUGUAGUUGCUGUAUGUGAGGAUAUAGAGAAGAGAGACAAAGGAAUACGAAUCAUUUUGAUUGGUUCUUCUGCUGGAGCACCAAUUGCAGGUUCAGCAGUUGACAAAUGCAGGAAUAUAAUAGCUUUUAUAGGGAUUGGUUAUGUGUUUGGAUUUUGGCCUUCUUUUUUAUUUAGGCAGCAUUAUGAUAAUAUUUUGAACUCUAAAAAGCCCAAAUUAUUUAUAAUGGGUGAAUCAGAUGGUUUUACCUCAGUAGAAAUACUAAACAAGGUUUUAGAGAAAUGCCAAGAACCUAAGUCUAAAUGUAUUGUCCCAAAUGUUGGACACUUCAAGUUAGAGUCCCCAUAUUAUGACAAUUAUAUUGCAGAGAAAAUACUAAGUUUUAUAAAGACACUUUAA